AUGUACUGGGCCGUUUCGUCCAGCAUCUAUGCCUGCGACCCGUCAAAGACCGCGGUCAUUGAUUACGAUGCCAUCACUUGGCCAACAGAGGAGGAACGCCGCGAGCGCGAGAAACACUAUGAUGAGAUCGCGGCGGAUUACUAUCAUCUGGUCAGCCAGUCGUAUGAGCGUGGAUGCCGGCUUGAAAAGGGCAUGCGCGUCAUCGACCUCGGCUGGGGUCUCGGCAAUCCAGCACGCAAUACCGUGCUCUACAUGGGCUGCGAGAUCGUUGGUGUCACAAACAGCCUGUGGAAUGUCGAGCGCGGCACGCUGUUGGCCAAGCUGGAACUCCCCUUCCCCGACGCUUCCUUCGACGCAGCCUACUUCAUCGAAACGCUGUGCUACUCGCUCAAUUUGGAGCUUGUCUACCGCGAAGUUGAGCGCAUGCUGAAGCCGGGUGCACUCUUCACCUUCCGGGACUUCACCAUGACCGAGAAGUGA